CAGCAGUAGCUCUCCGCCUCAGUUCUUCGUUCUCGGCUCGCGCAGUCGCCGGCCUUUAGAUUUGGGACCUCGGUCGUCUCAAGGUUCCAGGUGAGUCCGUGCAGGUGGGGAGCGUCUUUCGGAAACCCCGUAGUUCGGUAGCACGCCGGACACCGGGGGCGGAAGAGCCGCAGAGACUCCGCCGCCUCGUCUAGCUCCGGCCUCCCGCCGUAUCCUGUCACCGUUCACCGGGACUUCAGCGCGGAGCGAUUGGGCCGAACACGUCCUUCCGGACAUCCAGCCGGUACCGUUCGACCAUCUCAGCUCGGAGGUGUUUGCAUUUUGACGCCUGAUGCUCCGUCUGGCCGGCAGCUCCUCCUGCUCAGUGUCUCCAUGGUGAAGUGGGUGGGGCCUAAUGUCAGCCCCUCCUCUUGCCAAUCCCCCCAUCAUGCCCACCGUGGUUUCGAGACUUCCCAAGUUUGGUCCUCGAGCCAAAUCUGCCUCUGACCGUCCUCAGUUGGGUCCUUCUGCUGCUGGUACCAGCGCCCGCCUCACUAACGGGUUCUACCAUCACCCCGGGCCCACGGGUGUCAACAGCAGCUCAACGGCACCAGCCAGGCAGACAGGCUUCAUCAGAGUGCCCACGUCCUUCUCUGUAAAAUGGAGGAAAGAAAAUGGGUCGAUGGAGGAUGGAGAGAAGGACUGGAAAAGAGGAAAAGGUGGGAAUCGCUUUGGGAACAACAUCCCUCAACAGGCUUCACAAGGACAGUCCCAGCACGACACCAAAAAAACAGCCACAAUCACUUUGGGGAAAGGCCGGGGUGUUGGACCACCAGUCCUGCCCUCGUCCUCCCCGUCGCCACAGUCCAGCCCCAGAACUCUCCCUGUUCUCAAAGCAAGCCAAUGUGGGCUGAGCAAUGGUACCAAACAGCUGAAUGCUCUUCCUGGGUCUAAACCUCACAGCGGAACCAGUGCUUCUCUGAGACAACCUCAGGCUUUUGCUUUUUCUGGUGGACCUAGACCAGGUUCUGGUUCUGGGUUUGGGUUUCGAUCAGGUUCCCCUCUUCAGAAGAAGCCCCCAGCCACCCGCUCUCAGUCCACUGACAGCCUUGGGGGCUCUGCAACCGUCCAGCUGACUGAGAGCGAUCGCUUCCGGUCACGGAGCCUCACACAGGUCCGACAGCAGAACUCCCCCACCCGACACCCCUCCUCCCCCCAAACCGUCACCCGGCCCAACUCCAACAGCAAGACUGCAGAUAAGGGACUCAGGGAGCGUUCCUCACCUCAGGCUCCACACAGAAGCAGUCUAUUCCCCAUUAGCAGCCGGACUGUGGAGGGAGGAGCUAAAGGUGCAGGGGUCAAGGGUCAAAGUUCUGGCAUAGGCCUAAUGUCCGUCUUGCCCUCUUCUGCCUUAAAGAAGCCUCUACUACCCAGCCCAGCCCCCACCACCAAGCCCAACGGCAUCAGCUAUAGGCUGUCACGCCCGUCACUCAUCAAGCAGUCCCGCCCUCUCCGUGUGACCUCAGCCAGUGGAUCUGGAGCUGACCUGGAAGGAUGGAGGAGCUCAGCAGAGACAGACACCAGCCCAGACAGCCCAGAGGCUCCGGGACCAGAGACCCCGGGGUCCCAGCCGCCCACCCACGCAGAGCUGACGCUGGAGGACAUGUCCCUGUCUUCGACCUCGUCUCUGGAUAGAAACGAUACGAGCCAGGAGUACAUGGACGACUUUGACAACCUGGGCAACGGCUGCGUCGGCGUUCUGCUGCUGUCGUCUAAGAGCGAUGAAGACGACUCUGGACUCGACCAGUCAUGCGCCAGGUUUGAUGAUGACAAGGCGUCUAUUGACGGUGUGUCCACGGCGCCCGGGCUCUGUUUCCUGGAGGACGCUGUGGACUGGGCCGGCAUGAGGCUCUGCGGAGAGCGAGGAGGACGAGGGCUUGCCCGCCUCUCCAGUCAGCUGGACGGCCACGACCAGGGCGGCUCCUCUCUGGACCUGUCCCCUUCAGACAGCUGUAGCUCUGGGGGAACCUACCUAUGGGAUGAAGAGGGUCUGGAGCCACUGGGGGGCACGGCCACCAGCGGCUCCAUCAACACCAACACCAGCCACCACGUCGGCAGCUUCGACUCCGACCUCAACAGCAUCGACGUCCUGAACAACCUGGACUCCUGUGACCUGGAGGACGAUGACCUGAUGCUGGAUGUGGACCUGGCAGAAGACGGCUCUCUGCACAGCGAUGGAGAUGGGAUGUCCCACAUGGCCCAGUGGAGGAGGAGACAGCUGUGCUGGGGAAUGCAGGACGUCUCCAACGACGACAACGGGGGCCUCCAGUGCUACCAGCUGACUGAGGACCCUGGCAAUAAGAGAACGGCCAAGGACAGUGGUCUGGUUCUGUCGCUCUGCCCUCCAAGGUCUCCCAGCCUGUCUCCUGCUACUCCAGCUGUGAGUCUGGAUGUUGAGGACCUUGCUGAAGACUGUUCUGCAGUCAGAUCACAGCUGGAGGUCCUGCAGAGGUUACUGCUGCAGGAGGACGAGGUGGAUGAGGACACUCUGACCACCGACACCGUGAGCCCCGACGUCGACUCGCAGGUCCGUGGGCUUCCACCUCCUCCUUUCACCUGCAGCAGCUGCCUCAGGUUGAGUGUUGCUCACCCACAGGCUGUGUUUCAGGUGCAGUCGCUCCUGCAGGAGGUGCAGCAGCUCAGGGAGGAGCUGAGGAGCCGAGACCGAACCAUCGCAGAGCUCACACUGAAGCUGGCUGUUCCCACGGCGACCACCAGGCGCUGUUGCCAGGAGACGGUGAGGAUGGAUCGAUACACGCAGACGAGUGUGACGGAGAGAGAGAGCGUGGCCUCACAGACUCCGUGGAGCAAUCACAGCCCACAGAUACUUCACGCCUCCGGCCAACGCCGCCAGGAGCCACUGAUGGACCAGGUCCUAGGCUGUGUUCAAGCUCCAGCGCCGCCCUGCUCCCCCCGACCCCAGAUCCCCACUGAUGGACUCCCCCUCUGUGCUGGCAGCGACCCCACGGCCCGAGGAGAGCGUGGGGGGAGGAAGGACUGCAGCGCGGAGGAGCUGAAGCCAGGAGCCCAGCUCAGAUCCCUGCCACUGCCUUCCAGACUCCGCCUCUCUCCGUCUCAGAGCUCCAGAGCGACUUGCAGCCCUGCAACGACGCCCACGUCCAGGCAGCUUCCCAGCGAGCCGGACGGCAGCGGCGCCUCGGGGGUCCAGCUCAGAUCUCUGGGCUUCUCCUCCAGCUCCUCGCGCCUCCCGAAACCAAAGAGCUACUGAAGCAGCUGCCGGUGGAAGGAAGGCCUUGGAACAAGCUAAGCUCCUCCCACUGUAGACGUCUUCUCAUGUAGUCGGGUCUGAGAAAUGUAAGUUAUAAACACAACGACUGAUUUUAGAAAACCUUCAAAACAACCAUGAAACCAUAGGAAUCUAACUCUGAAUUAGACUGAGCCGGUCCGAACGAGCCGGUACCUGAGCAACCUGAACAAGGGAACUCUGACCCAAUACAAGAACAUCAGAACCGUCUGCCUCGCUCGUGCAGACACGUCAGCAUUAUUUUAGACGUCACUGCUUGUCUGAAGCGGGUCAUUAGAACACAGCCUCGCGUCAGAAUCGCACCGCUGUCUGGUUCUGAUUGUACAGAACCAGACCCCACUCUCACUCACCAAGUCAAAUCUAUCGGGAGCCCUGUUUGUUCUCUUUGAUCCCAUCAAAUAUGCAAUAAAAUAUGCAACAGAGUCAUAGGUUUGAACCCCUGAACAGACACUGACACUUGCCCAUGUGCCCUUUAGCAAAUGCUGGAUAUGCAAUCACAGACUACGUAGCUGCUGAUGGUUCAUGCUUCUGCAGACAAUCUAAACAGGUCUGGUUUAGUUAGAGAAUCACACAACACUAAUAAAAGUCAGGGACGCUGACGAGCAGCCGCUCAGUCUGGGCUUCGCCGUGCGUCUGUCUGCUAAUGAGGCUGCCUCCGACAGAGAGGAUGCUGGGAGGAUUUUACAGCUCCAGCACGAGCAGAUUAAGAGUCUCCGCUGAAGCUUACACUGGAUUUACCUGCUGAAUAUUCUCACCCCUCAACCGGCCGCCGGCCGGAACCGAGCUUAAACCUGAAGGUUGAACAGAGAAGUAACUGUUAAUAUGCUCCCAGCUGUAACGUUUACCUCCACGUUAGACUCCUCCAGGAAAAACUGCAUUUUAAUAAAGAUUUAGAAGUUUGAUGCAAGUAAAAGUCCUUCUUUAGGGUUAAUGUACUGUAAUAGCAGUCGCUUCCCUCCAAAGUAAAAGUCCUUUAAAAGGUUAAGCUACUGUAAAAAGUCUGAUUAGUAUGAGAGGCAUCAUGAUUUUCACCUUGAGGUGACAAAUAUAGAAACACUGGAGAAGUGAACAGCUUUUUACUGCUCAGCUUGUGACUGGAUGUAAACAACUGUAACCUGACUACUUGUUUGUCUGGGGACUUUAUUUUGACAUCCUGAUAUUUCCUGUGUCACCUGUUUUGCUUAAUUUAAUUUUGUGCAAUAACUCACCUGAGUCGUAUUUAUCUGAUGAACUGUACAACUGCUGUUAUUACUAUUAUUAUUAAUAAUUGUGAGCUUGUAAAACCUCCGUUUGAAAAUGCACUUUAAAUGAAAGGAGAUGUGAAGCUUUGCCCUGAACGACUGGAGGCCUGCGAUUUAGCGUCUCAUUGGUCCGACUGGUGAAGCUGCUCCGUUCAGUAGCUCAGCGGUGAAAGGUCCUGGUUCUCUUCUGUUCUUGGCUGAGACGUGACUGAUGCUGCUGAAAUAAAACUACUCUACAGCUAAA